AUGGAAUUACAACAUAGGUUUAUUUCUAUUCAAACUGUUCAAAAGGUGACCCAAACUAUAAUUGAAAACCCUUCACAAUGGGAGCAGCUUUUGCCUUUUGUUACAGCUCAAUCUGGGAUAACAUCUUCCAAUGCUGUUAAUAAAAUUGUUUCACUUGUUCGAUCAGAAAUUUUAUCUUUGGAUAUUAUUUUGAAUAAAUUAACAGAUUUGUCGUUAACACUAUCGGAAGUUUUACUUGAUAAUGUCAUAAAAGGAAUUACUGACGUUUUGAUAUACCAAGUGGAAUCUCAAACCGAUUCUUCAUCAGAAUAUAAAUGUCCAUUUAGUGUUAAAACGGAUCACGAUCGUAGAAUACAUCCCUUUAUUCUAAUCAUUUCAACAAAGUCAAAUGAAUCUUGGUUAUACUUAUUUGCACAAAUUGAAAGAAUUUUUGAUGUAUCAAGACUUGAAUCAAAACCUUCCGAGAAAAAAUCUGCAUGUUUACGAAAUAAGUUGGAAAUGAUUCGACCAUUCUUGGAUUUCGUCUUUUUAGACAGGUCUCAAAAGAAAAAUGAACAAUGGUCAUUUGCUUUGAUACAUUUUCUCAUUCGAAUUGUGUCUCAAGAUGUUGAUAAUAAAGAUUUUAAUGAAUUAAGGGAGUAUACUUUAAAAUAUUUGCUUUCGGUGGUUCAAAGGAUUUCACUUACUCCAAUUAAUUCGCAUUAUGUUGCAAGUGGCACGUUCUAUGUAUUAAUGCAAUCACUUGUUAAUAUCAUGAGUGUACCUUACCUCAGUAAUAGUUUCAUCCCAUCUUUUUCGAAAGAAUUUAGUAAUAUCCUUGGUAUUCAAAUUCUUUCUAUUGCAUGUGAUGCGCAUCAAUCUAAUUUACCUACAAGUCAUUAUGUAGCUUUACUUUUUAAGUUAUCAAAACUUCAUUAUGAAUCUCCGAAUAGGAUAUCAUUGCCAAGUUUUAUAUUACUGUGGUCAUCUUUAACUUUUUUGCUGUUAAAUACUCAUUCGUGUGAAAGUCAAUCCUUAAUUCUUAAAAUUAUGAAGGAAAUAAUUGAAACAAAGUUAGAUGAACAAGAUGUAAAUCCAGAAUUAAUAAAUAUAGCAAUCUUACCUUUAUUUCAAAUAAUAUCUGAUUUAACGCAAGAUGAGACAAGGAAUAUUGCCAUGGAAAUUAUUUUAAAGAUACAGAAGUUACACAAUCUUCAAAGUACCUCUAAUCAAAAGUCUUUAGAAGAGGUUUCCAAAUGCUUAUCUUCAAGGUUCAUUACUGGAAAUCUUGCGGAGAUUUUAUCAGAAGCUCACAAUCUCUUAAAAUCAUUUCCUCUCUCUGAUGUAUUUCGAAUUGAUGAUUUAAAAUCACCAUUUUUUCCUCUUUUUCACAUUCCUUAUUUGUUUCAUAAUAAGGAGUAUGUACAAAUCCAGGCUUUAAAUGAUAUCAUUUCUAUUAUAAAUGAUAAUAUUUCUUUGGCUCAAUCACAAAAGUUUCCUAUAUUUUUGUUGAUACUUUUUAUUUUAAGAAAUGAUGAUUUGUCUUCAAUUCAUCCUUAUAUUUUACAUCAAUCUUUACCUUCACUGAUUUCCCCCAAGGAUCCGAUUAUAACUGCAAAAGUAUUGAAGAUUACAAUGAGUCUUGUUCAAGUUGACAGAGAUACAAGAUUAAAAGCUGUAGGAAUCAGAGUUUUAUAUAAACUCUGGGAAAGACAAAGAAGAUGUUGGAAAUCGUUGAGAUUCAUUUUGGGAGAAUGGGUUAAAAAUAGGAAACUUAAUCAUUCACGUAUAAAUAUUGAAGAAGUGAAAGGUGAAAGGUUUGAGGUUGAGGUGGCGGCUUUAACUACAAUUAGAGAUAUUUGCAAAUCAAAAGCGAGAGAUUAUGCCGAGGAAGUUAUUCCUUUCAUGUCAAGCCUUCUUCAGUCUACAAUUCUUCAUCCGAAUAGUUUAUGUCUGAUAAUUGAAUCUUUAAAUUUAUGUGUUGAAGCUACGGUUAUAGAUAGUAGGGCAGUUUGGACUGUCUUGAUGUCAUAUGUGGCUGAUGCGAUAAUGCAAAGUAAACAUUUAAAUGUAAAAUUGAUUGCUAGGUUAUGUCAAUUUUACCGACUUGUGGCGCAAAAUGAAGAUACCGAUGUAUAUAAUGAAUUCAAGCAGGACAUAUUAUCAGUAUAUUUGUGUCCAUUGAUUUUUCCAAAUUAUCGAUCCAAGUUUUCAGAUCCUAAUCAAGAACCACAAGAAGAAAUUUGUAUUAAUGAUUCAGUACUUUUCCAAAUUCAAUCUAAUAUACAAAUAUUAAAGCAUGGAUUAAUAGCGAUAACUCGAUUUAGCGUGACGGAAAUUUUAUUUGAGUAUUUUCCGGAAUCUCCAAAGAUAUUAUUGGAUCAAAUCUUUAAUAGUCAAGAUUUAGUCAAAAUUGAGGAAUGGCGACUUUUAUUCAGCAAAUUUGUUUCUUAUGAAAUUGAUAGUAUGAGACGCGGCUUGUUUAAAGGGAUCACUGGUAGAGCUGGUAGUAAAUCAAGCAUAGGACUCGAAAGUGAAAAUUUCUUAAAGGUCAAACAAAGGUUAACCUUGGUUGGCUCAGAAAUUGUUGAUGAUUGGGAGAGCGGAAGGUUAAAUCCUGGAUUAAGAGUUGGAAUUGCUCUUGCUUCAUUAAGAUGUUUUAAGCCUCCUAUCAUUGAAGAAAGUGAAGAUGAAAGCGUCAAGCCUAAUAUACAUGUCGAGUCUUCUAGAUUUUAUAAAUUACUUACCAAUGCUAUUCAAGAUAUUACACUGACAGACCAUUGGAUAAUUCGAGUCGGAUGUGUUGCCGAAUGGAAUAACUUUUUUGUCAUGGGAUUACAAGAAGUUUUAUCAAAGACGAAUGAACAGAGUGAUGGGGAAAGCAUCGUCAAAUCUUUGAUUGAAGAUUUGAUGAAACGUUUAAUUGAUGCAAGAUUUCCUGCUGUUACUCAGAAUGUUAUUUUUGCAAUUACAGGACUAUGCUUGGCAUUAAAAUCAUUGGACAUCCCGUCAGCACAAGCACACACAACGAAAUUUCUGCAUCAUUUGUUAGAAAAUUUUUUGGUUGACGCUGCAAUAGUUUCCAAUCAGCGAGAUUCGAGUCUCGUGACAAGUGAUGAGGUUCAAUAUAGUGUAAUGAUGGCUUUAGGCCACUUAUCAACUUUAGUUAUGAUGAAUGAAAUGUUACUAGAGGGAGUUGUUAAUACUUUGGUCACAAAAUUAUGUGAAGUAGAUGAAAGUGCCAUGUCAGAGUGGACUUUGUUUGGAGCAGGAUUUUCCCUUGGAUUUCUCAUCUCAUGUAUCGCAUCUUCUCCAACAAAGACAUUUGAAAUGGAAACCAUUUGUUCUCAAACAAUUAAUUUUCUUACCGACUUCUUAUCUUCACCGAUAUUAUCUGUCAAUCAUUCAAAUACACCACAAAUUGAUUCUGCUUUUGGCGUUUUGCUGGGGUUAUCAAGUAUUGAUCAUGAAUACAAAGAUGCAAUUGAACAAAUUUAUCAAAAAUGUCUAUCGGAUUUGAAAGAAUUUGUAAAUACCGAAGGUAGAAUUGAUGAAAAUAUUAAACGUACAAUUGCUGGCUCAGCAUGGUUGGUUGGUUUUUCAAAAGGUGAGGACCCUAAUGAAGAGAUUGUCGAGAUCUUUAAGAAAGCCACACAAAUUGCAAGUGAUGAGCUCGAGUGGGCAGAAUAUUAUUUUCAUUUUUCACAAACAUAUUCUCACCGUUUGCAAACUGCUCUUUCAAUAAAACAAUCGUCUCUUAAUCUUUCCGCAUUUAAUACGCAAGUGCACUCACAAAUUCAAACUCUGACAUCAUCUGGUGUUAAUACUGCCAAACGCCAUGCUGCAAUUAUAACCUUGGGAUCUUUAUUGGGUGUACAUUAUUUUUCUUCCACACAAACUACAAAUUCAUAUUUCUUUACUUCAUCUUCUUCGACAAUGGUUACGAAUGUCUUGGAUACCUUACAAAAUAUUGCUGGACUUGGACAACAACAAUCUUCUAGAGUGAUGAUGAAUGAUGUGAAGGGUGGAAGAUUGGCUACGAUCGUUUUGUCAUGUUUAAUGCAGAUUGUAGAAAGAAUUUCAGAAAUAGGAAAUGAGUUUAGAAGGAUUAGUAGUACAGAGCCAAGAGAUUAUUCAAGGUUACCGGCGAAAAGUUACUUAAAAAUUUUAUUUGAUAAACUUGUCGAAGUUUCUCAAAGAAAUGUUAAAGGAAAUAAUGCAGGUUCUCCAAUACCAAUUGAAGCGGGAAGCUUGAUUAUUAACACUUUUUCGGAUGUGAACAUGAUAUUGCCCCCAGUUGAUUGGUUCCCUCUUUUUACAAGAUUUAAUACACCAUUCUUCGAAACUUAUGAUCUACAUUAUCAAUGCGUUUUGAUGGCCACUCGACAUUGUGAUUAUUCGACUUCGUUAAUGGAGUUUCUUAUAUAUGUAUUGAUGAAAUUUCCUAAGAUAUUACAUGAAGGAGAAGGUGAAACCUAUAAAAUGGAAUAUAAAAAAUUGCUUGUUAAUGAAGGACUUUGUAAAAUUUUAGAACUUUAUGGAUUUGAGAAAAAUAUGACUAAAGUAGAAACAGGUGCAAAAGUUGUUCGAAAGCGAGGUAUUGAAAAUAUUGCGAAAAAGGUGGUUAUGCCUGAUUCUAGAGUGUACGAGAUCGUAAGUGGUAUGGUGAAAAGUUUAUUUGAUGAAAUUGAAAAUCUCGGGGAUACAAAAGUUGAGGAAUUGCAAAUUGAUUUCCUUACAACAAUGAGCGAUUAUAUGUCUUCAGAUAAUGCAUCAUACGCCGAGUCAUUGAAACCACUUCGGCAAGAUCUACUUGUUUUACUAAGGAAUGUUUAUCAUGGUAUACCAUCCCCAACUUCCAAAACACAAGUAUACAUUACUCGCUUAGCAACGCAAACUUGCAUAUUUUCUAUUGACGAUUUGGACCAUUUCUCAAAAACUUCUCGAUCAAAGGAUAAUCUUAAAUUGGAUGAGAAGGAACUUAAAAAAUAUGCAGUUACUAUAAGUACUAUGUCAGAACUAGGACGUGUAGAUGCAAUCAUAUAUUUAACACGAGCGUUGGAAGAUUGUUUGAGCACAUUUGGUGGUAUUUCAAUAACGGAAGGUUCUCAAAAUGUCGAUUUAAUAUUUUCAUGGAUCCUUCAUGCCAUUCGUAAUCAUAUCUUUAAACCCAUGGAAUCUAGUAAAAGAGCCAAGAAAAAGAUGAAGUUAGAUUGGUUAGUAAGAACUUUAAAUGCCAUUUUGGUUGUUAUAGGCAUUUCAAGAGAGGGGCAAAUUUUAUUAGAUUAUGGAGUUACGGUGGUAUUAAAUGGAUUAGUGAAUUUAAGUUGGGAAGAAGAUCAAUGUUCAACCCAGUUUAAUAAUUCGGAUAAAGUGUUUCCUCUUAAAUAUUAUGAAUUACAGGAUGAAAGAUUUGAGAAGGUGAUACAAAAUAUUAACGUAAAAAAGAUAGCAUCCUUAAUACCAAGAGAAUUUGAGAGUUCACCGGAUAAUGAAAUUGAAUCCGUUCAAAAACAGAUUAUAAAGAGAUUAUUAAAACUUUUUGAGUUAAGCAAGGAAAUAUCAAUAAUAGAUCGUGAACACCAUUUUAUACUUUAUUCUAUCUUAGUAAGACUAGAGGAAUAUAUUCCAAAUGAAGAAAUUUGGAUGUUAUUGGAUGAUGACUUGUCUAAUUAUAAUAUGUAA